GGUUGCAUCUACCUCUUUUCUCCUCAUUGAUGUCCACCAAGUUUACUGGUCACAGUUGAUGGAGACAAAUUGUAUAGAAUUACAACCUAGGCUUAUCCAUUGCAUGACCUUGGGAAAACUAACUUUUUUAGACGACUUACCGUCUUAGAACACUUUUACAGUAUCUAGUUUAAUUCCGAUCAUUCGUUAUAACUCUAGUUUUCAAAUCAAUCUCCCUACGGAUGCCUUUUGUGGCGAGGAUGGGGACCUGGCUUGCUAUACGAAAGUACCCGCUCCUGGGUUUGCUUUGCGCGGUAGCCGUCCUGUCGGGGUCCCGGAGCUCCUUGGUUGCUGCGGGGAGAAGCUGCGCCGACACCCGGCAGGUGUACGCGGAGAAAGGAUACAGCACCGGUACCGCACCGGUGACUCAAAUCUCUGGUGAGCACUUGAGACUCUGUCCUCAGGACUACACCUGCUGCUCAAGUCAGAUGGAGGAAACGCUGGCCCUUCAGAGCGAGCGGGACUUCCUGAAAUCCGUGGAGAACCAUAGCCAGUUUCUGUUGACCACCUUCACCCAGAGACAGCGACGGUUUGACGAGUUCUUCAGGGAGCUGAUCGAGCUGUCGGAGAAAUCCAUGAACCAGAUGUUCACCAAGACCUACGGACGGCUCUUCACGCAGAACUCGCACGUCUUCCAGGAGUUGUUCGUGGAGCUGCGCAGAUAUUAUUCAGGAGCCAGCGUGAGUCUGACAGAGGUUUUAUCAGACUUCUGGUCCAAAUUGGUUGAGCGGGUCUUCACUCUGGUCAACCCUCAGUAUCAGUUCAGCGAUGACUACCUGGAAUGUGUCAGUAAGCAUGCCGAACAGCUUCAGCCGUUUGGAGACGUUCCUCGCAAACUGCGCGUACAGGUAUCAAGAGCUUUCAUUGCCGCGAGGGCGCUAUCACAGGGCUUGGCUAUUGGUCGGGAUAUCGUCACUAAAGCCACAAAGAUGACUCCAGAUUCACAGUGCGUCCGUGGCCUGAUGCGUCAGUGGUACUGUCCACUCUGUCGAGGUAUCCCCUCCCUGCGUCCGUGCCGCGCCUUCUGCCUGAACGUGAUGAAAGGCUGCCUAGCCAAUCAGGCCGACCUGGACACCGAGUGGGACUAUUUUAUUGAUGCCCUCUACCAAGUGGCGGAGAAACUGGAGGGGCCGUUCAACAUGGAGCUAGCUGCGGAAUCCAUCUCCGUCAAAGUGUCCGAAGCCAUCAUGUACAUGCAAGAAAACAGCGUCAGCAUCUCCACUAAGGUGUUCCAAGGUUGUGGAAACCCCAGACCUGCUCCAGCACGCUCCAAGCGCUCACCCAAAGAGUCGGGGGGCUACAGGAGGCCUUUCCGCACCUACAGCCCUGAGGAAAAACCUACCACAGCUGCAGGGACCAACCUGGACCGACUGGUUCCGGAGCUAAAAGAGCGCCUGCGACCCAUGGGGAGCUUCUGGGUGUCCCUCCCACACACCAUCUGCAACGAUGAAAAGAUGGCCGCCGACGUCACUAAUGAGGACCGCUGCUGGAACGGACAGACCAGGGGGAGAUAUCUGCCGGAGGUGAUGGGCGACGGGCUUGCAAAUCAGAUCAACAACCCCGAAGUGGAGGUGGACAUUGGGCGGCCUGACAUCAAGACUAGACAGCUGAUCAUGGAGCUGAGGGUGGCUACCAACAAACUGAGACAUGCACAAAGUGGACAGGACACAGACUUUGUGGACAGUGAGGAGGGCAGCGGUUCGGGAGGAGGCGAUGUCAGCGAGCGCUACAACGAUGACUGGCCUGGGUACGGACCACACUCGCCUCCUUACAGCAAGCCCCCGCGUAACCCCGCCUCCAUCCCCGCCAAGCCUCCUCGGGUCCGCGAGAGAAACGGGCCCAAGGGCAACCGGAACCACGGCAGAGCCCUCUCUGCAGCAAGUCAGCUCACUUCCUGCCCAAUUCCUUUGUUGUUGCUACCUUGUGUGCUCAUAAUGGCUCCAUGGUGGAGAUAGCUGCUCUUUGCCAUUAUGUGUGUCGUGAUGGCCGUCCGUCCAAUUUUUUCAUUUGGUGACAUCAGCACAACAAUUACUUGCACAAACUGGCUCAUCAUGAUUCUUUUGAAAAGAAACUGCACACGUCUCUCUGUUUUUACAUGACUGUAAAUCAAUAUGUGCCAAUUGGUAAAAUGGUCACAAUAGUAUUAUUUGUGUACUACAUUU